GCCUUCCUCCCUUCGCCGUCCUGACACUGAUUAUUUUGGUAUCCCCGAGAACAUACCGUGAAGGCUUGUGUCGCUUCCAAAUAGAAAGCACGGAGACCUGCUGCCGGGAGCCCCGAGGAGGCUUGGAGUCAGCCGCCCUGGGUCCAGAGGAGUGACAGGCACAGCGAGCCUCGGCAGCAGCCACCACCGGACAAGGUUGAGAAGAGACAGUUAGCUGCUGGCUAAUGUCGACGCUAGCCAGCGAGUGAGCUAGCUUAGCUACGUGGAUAGUUGGAUACUCGUGUCACCUGCAUUUCCCCAGGCAAAGUGCUCUGGUCCGAGCCCAACACAGCAACUUGUCACCGACAGUCACGAGGGUCGUCGGCGGGGACUGACAUUGCUGAGGUUAUAUGCCCAGGGUUGCAGGCUGGCUUGUUGGCAGACAGUGCCCAUCAGGUUGGCACUGGGAUAGAGAGCCAACAAUGAGAGCCCUGGCUCUGGGUGUUUGCUGGCCAGCAUAGAUGCAGAUAUGCCUCAGUGGUCCGCAUCCUGAUGGACCGAGACACCUUCUCCCACAUCCGCCUUUGGUGCCCGCGCCCCUUUGGCACCUACUCCCAGAACAAAGCUAGGAGCCCAGGCUCAGGGGGCAGCAGUGGAGGCGGAGGUGGGGCAGGGUCCCCCUCCCUCUGUAAGGCUGAGCCCUCUUCAGGUGCCAGAAAGACAGGGAGUGAAAGUGAAGAUGGUGUGUUGAUAGUGGGGGUGCAAGAAGAAAAUGGCGAAGAGGAGGAUGUGGGCUCAGAGAACACCCCACCUGAACCUGAGCUCGAAUCCAGCUCCGCGACACAGAGCCAGGCCCCUCCACCCCCUUCAACUUCUCCCUCGCCACCCUCUCCUGGGUCCCAGAUGGAAGAUGGGCGUGUGCUGUUAGACACCUGGUAUGUCAUUAAGCCGGGCAACACCAAGGAGAAGAUAGCCUUCUUUGUUGCACACCAGUUCAGUGGAGCAGGCCAGCCCAGACCCAGUGCCAUGAAGGUAAAGGGUAAUUGGGCGACUGACUGCAGUAAAGCCAAAAGACGAAGACGAUGCUCCUCUUACGACCCUCCAACACGCUCCCAAGUCUCAGAGCUGAAUCUCAGCCAUGACUCUCCUCUUGCACCUUCCAGCCCCGAUGAGCCUUCUCUAGGAGGUGUGAAUGAAACGGACCUCUUGUCAGUGGCAGAGAUGGUUGCCUUGGUUGAGCAGAGGACGGCUAUGGCCCUCCAGGGGAUUGUAGCCGUUCAUGGGAACCAACAUGAGCAACCCCCUACAACCACUCACAAUCUGGAUCUUGCCUCCCACGAGCACACUCUACUCCGGGGCACGGUAUCAGACCCCACACCUAUGGUAUUUGUGUCAGACAGUUCAAAUGGCCAGCCCUCCAAAGAGGCUCAAGAGUCAUCAUCUCCCUUCCAGACAGACCAGGAGCUGGAGGAGCAGCAGGAGUCCUUACGGGUGGCUCAGGCCAUCGCGCACUUUGAGUCCCAGAACCUAGAGAAUCGGCUCCCUCUGGGUGCUGGUUCUGGUAUAGACUCCUCUAAUCAGGACAAGGGGUGUAGGAAAGGAGAAGAGUCCGGCAUUGUAACCCCUCCUCCGCCGCCCAGCCACAGCCACAUUCACGGUGAGGUUAGGAUAGCUUUCAGAGUGUCGAAUCUGGACCCGCGCUCUCAGUUGGAGACAGCUGGCAGGUCCCGCUGUAUGUUUAUGAGCUGUGGUGGUGGGAGCAACCAGGCAGCAGCCAGGGCCAAAGAGAAGAUCACCUGUGACCUCUACCAGCUCGUCAGCCCCUCAUCAAGAGACCCCAGUAGUCUCCUGCUUGCUGCCACAUCUGCUGCCCCCAAACAAGAUGGAGAUCAUCAUCUUCCAGAAAGGCUUGUCUGUGGCAGCCCCGACCCAACCCAAGAGCUUUCCUCUGGCGAGAAGAAAACCGCUGGUAUGGGGAGGGAGCGAGUGACAGGCUUCCAUGUGGAGGUCGUGGUGACAGGUGCUGUGGACCAGUGUGUGUUUUAUGGCAAGGACAGUACAGAGAAUGUGCAGGAGGAGACAGUGUGUUUCGCUAUGACUAAUGGGGCAGGGAGUGGUGGGGGUUCCACUGACCCUUCAUCAGAUGAUCCUCCUCCUGGACAGCUCUUCUUCCUUCAGCAGCCCCGGGGCCCUGAGGAAGAUGCAAAAGGAAUAAGCCCUGUUAGUGGGUCAGGAAUGUGCUCUUUGGACUGUGCCAACAACAACGGCCCUGGGGCAGGGGUGGCAGUGGGUUCUGGGGAGCGGGCAACUCGACCAGACUCUCCGAGCGUUGUGGACGACUGUUCAGACCCUUCGCUGUGUCGCCUCUACCGCCAUGUGUCCCAUGACUUCCUGGAGAUCCGCUUUCAGAUUCAGAGGCUCCUCGAACCGCGCCAGUACAUGCUGCUGCUGCCCGACCAUAUCAUGGUCAACAUCUUCAGCUAUCUGCCGACACGCUCCUUGGCAGCCCUCAAGUGCACAUGCCAUUACUUCAAAAUGCUGAUUGAGGCGUAUGGAGUGCGAGCAGUGGAUUCACGCUGGAAUCAAGACCCACUAUACAGGGACGACCCCUGCAAACAGUGUAAGCGGCAAUAUGAGCGCGGAGAUGUUUCCUUGUGCCGUUGGCACCCCAAACCUUACCACCAUGACCUGCCUUAUGGACGUUCCUACUGGAUGUGCUGCCGGCGUACAGACAAGGACACACCAGGCUGCCGUGUUGGGCUCCAUGACAACAACUGGGUCCAGCAGCCUUCGGAUGGAUCUCAGCCCAUCCGCGUCAAGAGAGAGGACAGAAGGGAGGAGGCCAGGUAGAAAGGAAAAAGUACAGCUCACACAAACCAACUCUCAUCUCCGCUUGUGUACCAUCUGUUUUCUUCCUCUCACCUCUGUCCAGAGGACGAUCAGGGGAAGAGGGGUAUGAGGAGAAAUUAGCACUCCACGAAUGCUUCUGUUUUACUUUGCUCCAGGAGUCCUCUCUCAUACUUGCCCUCAGUGGAGGGAGUUUGAGAGGUAAAGAAGGAAGAGAGGUGUGUCACUCUCCUUGCCUUUUUUUCAAAGCCCUCCAGUGUCCCUCGCUACCCCCC